UAUGGUAAACAGCGCUAUAUAAAUCAACACACUUGAAUUCGGUUGAAUUGAGGUUGGGCUUGAGGCACGGAGGUAUCUUGGGGGUGCCGGCAUGGGGGAAUAUGAGGUUCUGGGGGGGCUGAUUGGGGAGAUGCAGACCCACUCCCCCCUACUGGGGCGCCUGUGGCUGCAUAUCAUGCUGGUGUUCCGCAUUCUCAUCCUGGGCACCGUGGCCUCCGACCUGUUCGAUGACGAGCAGGCGGAGUUCGAGUGCAACACGGCGCAGCCGGGCUGCAAGCAGGUUUGCUACGACCAGGCCUUCCCCAUCUCACAGUACCGCUUCUGGGUGUUCCAAAUCGUGCUUAUCUCCACGCCCACCAUCCUCUUCAUCAUGUACGCCAUGCACCUGCACUCCAAGAGCCAGGCCCGCCAGGAAGAUGCCAACGCCACCACUGAGCCACUGAUGCAGAAACCGGACAAGGGCGAGUUGAACCCGCGACAGGACCGUAACGUGACGCCUCUGUACAUGCUGAACGUGGGGUUCCGCUUCCUGGCGGAGGUGGCGUUCCUGGUGGCUCAGUGGGCGCUGUACGGGUUCCGCGUGGAGGCCCGCUUCCCCUGCAGCACGUUCCCCUGCCCCUACACGGUGGACUGCUUCACCUCGCGGCCCAUGGAGAAGACCAUCCUGCUGUGCUUCUACUUCGCCGUGGGCCUCCUCUCCGCACUCUUCAGCCUGGUGGAGCUCAUCCACGUCUUCACCAAGUGGAGGCGCCGGAAGAGGGCGGCCAUGACGGGGGGACCCCCGGACGAGGAGACGUCUGGACGGAACCAGAAGGAACUCCAGAAACUGACCCAGGUGGCGGUGGGUGACGAGGGUGGCUUGGGGGUUCAGAGGGGCAGGAGUGGGAGUGGAGGUGGGAAGAGGGGGCAUGGGGGCACUAGUGGCAGCAGCAGCGGUGGGGGGAAGGGGAGGGUGUCGCUGGGCAGGAGCAACUCCAGCGUCGGACACAAGACCUCCAGACACAGCAGCCAGAAGAGCCGCACAGGGUUGUUGUUGUGA